AUGUCGACAACUCCGUUUUAUGACAUUCCACUCUGGCUGCCAGCAAAAUAUGCAGCUGUUCGAGUUGAAGCAGCAAGUGGAGACAUGAAAUUCAUGCUUAGCUACCUGUAUCAAUCGCGUGAGUAUAAUCCAAACAAGUUUCCAGUUGCUAACUACCAACAAAUUAACAGAAAGACGGGAGAGUACUUCUCAUUGACUGAUCUUGUUAAUAGCAACUAUGUGACUAUCACGUCAUCAUCCGUCAAUGAGAAGGUCAUUGUUUCCCCAGCUUCCAGAGCUGGUUCUGAUCCAGACGUAUCUCUGAGCCAAAUGUACGUUUACGACGGAGACAAUAUCAACACAGCAAACGUGAUGGGGCCACUUUCCGACUUCACGAAUAUCCGAAUUUCGACAGGACAAAGUGUGUCUAUUGUUAAAUUUUCUGGCUUGACCACCAGAUCCUACGCUCUCGGAAACGAUGCCUCUACACUUAAUGGAUUCGGAAAGUACACAGUUCUCCUCACAUCUAAGGGAACUUCUAUUAAAGGAAACAUGACUGAUCUCUCUGGUUCUGUAAACGGAGCUGCUUACACAUGGAUCUGUACGGAUUGCUCCACAUUUUAUUGGACAAAAUUAAGAUUCGAUAGAUUUUCAACUUUUUCCAAUAAAGCAUACGUCAGUUUCCAAGGACAGACUCCAACUCAUAAACGAGAAAAGCUGAUUAGAUAUGACGCAAUGACAGUCACUGAUUCAUACUUCCCCCAAAUGAUGCCAUCUAAUGUUUUAACCCUUAAUUUGUAUUUGGGAAGAACAGAGUUCUACUUUAACAAUAUCAAUGAUGAUUCUUCAUGGAGAAAGCCUUACAUUGGUCGUAAGGGAUACAUCUUUGCACCAAAUCUUUGGACAAGUGCUGCCAAUAACUUCAACUACGAAUUCCGUGAUGAUUCGCAAUUGUAUAAUUUCACUAUAAACUUUAUCAAGACAUCUUUCCCAGCUAGUACCGAUAAGAUGACAUUGAAAAUUGGUUCAGAAACGGGAACUCCAGCAGUGAACAACACUCUUCUACACACUGGAGAAGUUGUUUACGAUGCUCCAGUUUGGCUCUCACCAACAUCUGCUAAACAAGUGACUAAACGAACUGGAGAGCAUUUUCCACUGGUCGACUUUGGCAGCAAAACGUAUUAUACUAUAACAGCUUCCUCUGAUAAUGAAAAGGUCGUUCUAAGUCCUGCUCUCCGAGCCGGAGUGAAAGUGGAUAUUCGUUUACAAGAAUACUACGUUUACGAUGGAGAUAACAUUAAUACUGCAAAUAUGAUUGGGGCUUUGUCAGAUUUCUACGGCAAAAUUGUUACUUCUUCUGGAAGAAAUAUAACUAUUGUCAACUUCUACGGAACAGUUUCCGCAUCAUAUGUUCUUGGAAACGAUGCUUCAACAUUGAAUGGAUACAGCAACUAUUUAGUCGGGAUCACAACUUUGGGAUCUUCAUUGAACGGGAGAUUAAUAGAUUUUACUGAAAGCACUGGCAUAGCUUAUACUAUGAUUUGCAUUGACUGCUCCACAUUUUAUUGGACCAAAUUGCAAUUUGACAGUCUCUGGACAAUUUCAAACAAAGGAUACAUCACUUUUCAAGGACAAACUCCUACUCAUAAAAGAGAGAAAUUGAUUCAAUAUGACGCAUUCACAAAGGAUAGCCUUCCACAAAUGAUUCCCACUAACGUCUUAACCAUUAAUGUGAAGAUGUCAGCCAUCGAAUAUAACUGCAACACGAUUAACGAUGAUUCUUCAUGGAGAAAGCCUUACAUUGGGCGUAAGGGAUACAUCUUUGCCCCAAAUCUUUGGACACCUUUUAUCAACAAUUUCAACUACGAAUUCCGUGAUGAUUCGCAAUUGUAUAACUUCACGGUGAACUUUAUCAAGGCAUCUUUUGCAGCUAAUAGCGAUCAAAUGACAUUGGAAAUUGGAUCAGGAACGGGAAAUCCAGCAUUGAACAACACAUAUCCCCGUGAUCGGUCUUCAGGAACCGUAAUGUCAAAUGGAAACUACAUGCAAGUUGGACUUUCUGCAUCAGUUGCGACUGAUGUUCGUUUGUCAUUUGAAAUGCAAAAACCCAAUCUGGGUAGUGCGAUUGGGAUCCUUUCACUUUGUGCUUGGAUCCUGAUUUAUUACCUCUGA